UAAAAAAAUUUUAUUGAAACUAUCCCUUGACCCACGUUGGAUCCAGAACCUCCAAAGCGCGCAUGCGCGCGCAGAGACCACCACCUCACAAGCUUUCAGCAGAGCCCGCUGCGCGCGCAGCCCCAAGACAGCCCAACGGUCAUUAACGGUCGACCCCGCCCCGCUGCGCGCGCACAUCGCCAGAUAGAAUAGAGGCCGGGAGCGCGCGCCCCAGCAGGUCCGCGGCCCGGCGCGUGCGCAGAGGGCGCGUGCGAGAAGGCGGGAAAAGACAAGAUGGAACGACAGGGAGUGGACAUGCCCCACGCGGAACGUAAGGACCAGGAGCCGCCGCCGCUGGGGGAGAGCGCGGAGCCGCAGGCCGAGGAGAGCCACGAGAAGGAAGCUGGCUGGGGGCCGGCGAGUGCCAAUCGCCAGCUGAUGAUGCUGGAAGGGAAGUCGGGACCCUACUUUUCAUCUCUGGACUCUAGCAUUGAGAUCCUGAAGAAGAGGGCCCAGGAGCUGAUCGAAAACAUCAAUGAGAGCAGGCAGAAGGACCAUGCACUCAUGACCAACUUCAGGGACAGCCUCAAGAUCAAGGUUUCAGAUCUGACAGAGAAGCUAGAGGAGAGGAUGUAUCAACUUUAUAAUCACCACAACAAGAUCAUUCAGGAAAAGCUCCAAGAGUUCACCCAGAAAAUGGCAAAGAUCAGCCAUUUGGAAACAGAGCUCAAACAAGUGUGCCACACUGUGGAGACCGUGUACAAAGACUUCCAAGACCUGUGCGUCCAGCCAGAGGUAUGA